AUGUGCGCCUUCUCGGGGAGGCUGAGGGCAAUGGCGACGCGGGAGACGAAGGCCAAGAGCGGAGGAGGAGCAGAGGCGGCGUCAAUGUGCGUCGACCUCGCGGGCUUCCCUGGAGGCGGUGAGGGGUUCGACCUCGUGGCACAGUUCUGCUACAGCAAUGGCCGCCUCCCGCCGCUCCGCCCCUCCGACCUCCCGCUCGUGCACUGCGCCGCCGCGUUCUUGGAGAUGACCGAGGAGGUGCGCGCCGGCAACCUCCUCGCCCAGGCGGAGGCCUUCGUGGACGUCGGGCUCUGCUACUGGAGCUGGGCCGACGUGCUCGCCGCCGUCAAGAGCUGCGAGGCGUUAGGAGCGGACGUCUCCGGCCUCCGAGCGAAGCUCCUCUCAGCUCUGUUCUCGAGGAUCGCCGAAGGCGCAGAGACGUCGAACAGCUCCUCGUCAUCGUCGCCAGACACGGCCGGCGGCUCCAGCGGGCGGCCAUCAUCCGCCAAGACGCCGGAGUCGGUGAAGCGGUCAUGCUUGGGGGGCGGCGGCAGGGAGUGGUGGUUCGAUGACGUGGCGUCUCUAUCCCCGCCGACCGUCGAGCAGGCCAUGCAACUGCUGGGCUGCUACGGCGUGGACAACAAGAACCUCACACUGACGCGGUUCCUGCUGCACUACCUCCCCCGCGCCGCGGCGCUCCGCAAGGUCGACGACUCGGGAAGCCUGGUCGGACUCGCCGACACGGCCGUGCACGGGGUGGGGCACUCCGGCAGCGGGGCGGCGUUCUCCUGCAGAGGUCUCUUCUGGGUUCUGCGGAUCGUAUCAGCCGUGGGCCUGAGCAAGGAAUGCAGGCGAAAGAUGGAGGCGCUGGUGGGGCAGAUGCUGGACCAGGCCACGCUCGACGACCUCCUCGUCUCCGGCGAUGGCAGCGGCGUGUACGACGUCGGCCUGGUCACGAGGCUCGUCAGGGUUUUCGUGAGCUCCGUGGGCGAGGAGGAGGCCGGCUGCUCGUCGGAGAAGAUGAGGAAGGUGGGGAGGCUGAUGGACAAGUACCUGGCGGAGAUCUCGCCGGACCACGGGCUGAGGGUGUCCAGGUUCCUCGCCGUCGCAGAGAGCCUGCCGGACUCCGCCAGGGACUGCUACGACGGCGUGUACAGGGCAGUGGACAUCUACCUCGAGUCUCACGCCGAGCUGACUGUCGAGGAGUGCGCAACACUGUGUCGGUGCCUCAACUACAAAAAGCUGACGCUGGAGGCAUGCAAGGACCUGACCAGGAACCGACGGAUUCCAACAGGGGUCUCCGUACAGGCACUGUCCUUACAACUGCAGCCCAAUGCGCUCCGGCUCCUCUCGUCGUCGUCGAUUUCGAGAUGGGUUGUGGCAGACGGCGAGAAGAAGGAGGCGCUGAGGCUGAGCCUGCGGCGAAUGCAGGGCCGGCUGACAGAGCUGCAGAUGACAUGCAAGGGGACGAGAGGGAAGACAAGGGCGUCGUCUGGGAUGGCGGCCAAGGGCAGCAAGUCCUUGGGCGGGAGGGGCUUGCCUUGGAUGUGCUAG